ACACUCACGCUGCGACAGUCAAAUAAAUGUCGCUUGGACAGACAACAGAUCUAACGCUCUAAGUCGGAUAUUGUGAAUUCUGCUUCGCUCCUUGGCGUCAAGUUUUGAUCGCACCUUAAGCUUAUAUUCAGCAGUCGUUCGUCUGAUUUUGUUCAACAAGAAAACAUGUAAAUGGUUGAAAGACAGAUCGACUAUUGCAAAAUUCACAGAAGAAUGGUAUUGUUUAAUGAGUCUCGUUAACUGGUAGAAACGUCUAGCCAAGGUGUCAAUGGAGACUGAAAUGGAUGAGAAUAAAGACAGCAGCAGCUCAGAAAGUCUGUACUCUUCGGAUGACGAUUCGAGUGUACAGUGUCUCCCCAAAUAUACUUUAAGGGAAGCACGAACAAUUGAUAAUCACACACUAACCGACAAAGAAUUAACAUGCACCGAUCAAAUACCGAAAUAUAUUUUAAACAAAUUAAUGAUAGGUGAUUAUCGUGCACGAGAAUUUAAAGUUAAACCUUUAAAAUCAAGUAAAAUUAAAACUAAAGAUGCUUAUGGUUCUGAUGACAGCGAUGAUGAACAAGAACGUGUGAACCCAAUGGAUGCACUGUUAUUGCUUUUUCACCUCUCCGAUGAAUGUUUACGACAACAUUUAGCUUUAAAGUUGGAUGAAUGUCAACUUAGUGUUCCGUUUCUCUUGCCCCAUCCUGAGGCGCCUACAGAGAAAGUCACAAUUUUGCUCAGGGCCUUGGAGAACAUCACAAAGUUUUGUCGCAGUGAUGCCUCGAAUGACAAGAAAAGAACACAAGAAGUGUUCGCCACGGAACAUCCAUUUCCAGUGGUUUCUUUCAUUCGAAUUGGCGAUAUUACCAUGUCAAAGUCAUCCUUGAUUAACAAAAUCAUGAGCGACGGAAACGAGCAUCACGACUUUUUUUUCCACAACGAUGUCAAAGAUCCUGAUGUUUACAGAAAAAUCGUUGACGGUUGUGUUGAAUUGAGCUGGUAUCUUCCAGGAGGGCGCGAGAAACAAACAUUAGAAACAGACAUUUGUUUUGUAAAUCUUCGAGGAGACGCGAGAGUUUUUAAAAAGCAGUUUCGUCUUAUUUUGAAGAUCUCGUCCGUCUUAUGUAUUUUGCUACCUUCUAAUUAUCAAGACCAAACCAUAACAGAAAUUUUGAAAGAGGCAACAUACUCUCCAGCAAAUAUCAUUCUUCUAUUCAAUGAAAUAAGAUGUUUGGACUCAGUAGAAAAGUAUUUUGACGAUAUGAAAAUCAACCACCGUGGAAAAAUGUCUCUGUUAACGAACACCAAGAAAUUUGAUGAAGACUAUUUCAUUCAAAAAAUGCGAAUAAAUAUUCAGAAGAAGAUACAUGAAGUAAAACCAACGCCACUUACUGAGCUUGAAUCCUGUGCAAAGAAAUUUGGCUUCCACCUUGAUGGAAAUGAAUCGCAUUUUACUUUGAGGAAGACCGUAGAUUCAUGGCUAGGAAUGGGGAUCAAAGAAGCUAAAAUUCGUCUAAAAUUGCAAAUGCAUGUCCCAGCGUUAGCUGAUCUGGAACGCGAAAAAUAUUUUUCAAAUCACGAUGGUAGAACCGACCAUAUAGGACGAGAUAUUGACAAAAUCUACAAAGCCAUUGAAGAAGUAAAGACGGCUCAAAAACAAUCGUUUGCGCACCUGGAUGAACGAAUUGUUCAUUUUCUAAAUUCCAUUGCAGAAAUGAAUACAACGGAACGAAAUUGCACUUUGAAUAAAAUGAAGCAUGAAUUAAACAAGAUGUCCCUACAGGUCAUGCCAGAAUUACAUCAAGAAUAUCGUCUAGCUUUGCUCAAAAAUCGAGACAAACAAGCGCAAGUGUGGAAACAUUUACAGCAGUUGGAAGAAUCAAUCACAACACAUUCGUUUGGUUUAGAACACAUCAUCAGAGAACUUGCUCAGCUUUACGAGAUUGAAGAAUGUAAAUACGACUAUGCAGGUGCUGCAGCAGACAUGUUGCUUUCAGGACAACCUCUUGAGAUACUCGAUGGUGAUUCCUUUUACAUUCCACUGGAGUGGUUCAACGGAGUAUAUCGUGAACUAGAGAGUAAAACAAAGAACGCCAAAAUUUUUGUUAUUUCUGUUUUAGGAAUUAAAAGUUCAGGUAAAUCAACAAUGUUAAACACAAUGUUUGGUUUGGAAUUUCCAGUCAGUGCUGGUAGAUGUACUCGCGGUGUUUUUGCCAGUCUUCUUCCUGUCAGUGAUUCCACAAAGUGCAAUUCAAGUCUUGAAUAUGUUUUGAUCCUCGACAGCGAAGGUUUUAGGGGAUCAAGGAAUCACGAGAAUGAGUUGGGAAUGUUUGUUAUCGGAGCUGCCGAUUUAACCAUAGUGAAUAUCUUCGGUAUAAGUCGUGACGAAAUCACACAAUUUUUAGAUAAAACUGUACAUGCUUUCUUAAGAAUGAAACUUCUCACAGAAAAGAAAUCUUGCAAAAUUGUUCAUCAAAAUUUCGAAGCGGCCGAGGAACGAGAAAAAAUUGACGAUGUCCGACGUAACCUAAACCAAGAUCUGGAUAGAAUGACUAAGCUAGCUGCCACUCAAGAAAACUGUGUAGAACAAUUUCAAUAUUUCAAUGAAGUUGUAUCAUUCGAUGCAAACGAAGAUGUGUUUUACAUCCCAAGCCUUUACCAAGGUAACUCACCAAUGGCUCAAAGACGUCCAGAAUACGGAAGAGCUGUUCAACGAAUUAAAGAAAACGUCGUAACUUUGAUGUGUUCAAAAGAAAUGUAUAAAUAUUCCAUCAGUCAGUUUCGAGAGAAGAUUUGCAAUCUCUGGGAAGUCAUUCUAAGAGGAAGGGUGGAUGAAAUAAGUACAGACGAAUUUAAAAAAACCCGAAGACAAAAAAUAGCGGAAACGAAAUUUUUUCAUGAUCUUAUUGUAAAACCUGUUUCAAAGUUUACUUUACAGAAAGCACGAACAGUCCGUAGCGAUAUACUAAGACCUGAAAAAUUGACGUCCGAAGAUAAAAUACCUGAUUACAUUUUUAAAAUGCUGAUGAUAGCUAAUUACCACGUACGAGAAUUUGAAUUGAAACCAUUACCUUCUAAUCUUUAUGAAACCGAAGACUCUUCCGAAUGCAGUGACGAUUCCGAUAAUUGGGACGAUGAAUCUGUCAAUCCGAUGGAUGCGAUGCUUGGCAUAUUUCAUGGAUCGGAUGACACUUUGCGACGUUAUAUUGUCAAUAAAUUAUCUGCGUGUCAACUCAGUGUUCCAUUUCUCCUGCCAGACCCCACAGCACCUUCUGAAAAUGUCACAAUUCUGCUCUCAGCGUUAGAAAGCAUCACUAAAUGCUGGAAGGAUGGGACAGACACAAAACUAGUGUUCGCGACAGAACAUCCAUUUCCAGUGGUUUCUUUCAUCCGUAUUGGCAAACCUACAAUGUCGAAAUCAUCGUUGAUUAACGAAAUCAUGAGUGACGGAGAGAGCACCCAUAACUUCUUUUUUAACAAAAAGAUGAGAGGUGGUCACGUUAAAAGAAAAGUUGUCGAUGGAUUGGUUGAAGUCAGCUGGUUUCUUCCUAGUGGAAGUGAGAAACAAACUUUACAAAAUGAAAUUUGUUUUGCGAAUCUUCGGGGAGACGCGAGAUAUUUUAAAAAGCAACUUGACCUACUCUCAGCAAUCUCAUCCAUAAUAUUUAUCUUAUUACCUUCUGAAUAUGGAGAAAAAACAGGCGAAACCAUUCCGAUUAAAUUUUUGGAAGAAGCGAUAUUUUCCAUUACCAAUUUUAAUGGAAAAGUCACACUUAUCUUCAACGAAAAGAUACGACAAACAAAUGCAAUGAAGUAUUUUAACGAUCUCAAAAGUAGAAAAAAUGAGUUGUCCUCGAUAACGAGUGCAAAAAAGCAAAAUUAUCAUCGAUUUCUCCUGAGUAUACGUCAAAAAAUUCAGGUAAAUGUAAAUAGAAAGGAAUCAUCACCUCUUGUGAUGCUGGCAUCUCGAAGAAACCAGGACCUUGACAAAACUCUUGCACAAGAAGUUUCCAACUUGGACCAGAUACGUGCAAAACAAGAUGAUAACGACCCUGACAACACAAGUGGAAAAGAUUGUAUUCGUGCUGGCAUUAAUGCCCACCAAAUGAGUGACGAUGAUUCGCAUGAAUUACGUCUAGAGUUUGAAAUGAAAUUUGGCAGUUGGUUAAAACUGGAAAUAGAAAAAGUCAAAGACCUUCUAAAAUUGCAAAAGCACAUCCCAGUAUUGGCUAAGUUGAUACGUGAAAGAUACUGUCCCAAAUUUUUGAGCAGCAAAUCCGAAAAAAGUGAGAACGUAAAUGAAGAUGUGGAUAAAAUUGAUAAAAAUAUCGAAAGAGAGAAGAUAGCUCAAAAGGAAACCCUCAAAACAUUGGACGAAGGAAUUCUUAAUAGUCUUAAUAGUCUUGCAACGAUGAAUGAAAUUGAGCGAAAUUACACCGUGAAUAAUUUAAAACAUUAUUUGGAUAAAACGUCUCUGCAGAUCACGACUAAAUUGCGAGAAGACUAUGAAAUAGCAAAGAGGGAACUUCGGAAGAAAGAAGAAAUGAGUCCUAAGUCCGAUAAAGAAUCGCCUGAAGAGAAACAUUUGAAAGAUUUGGAAGAUACAAUCUCAAAAUACUCGUUUGGUUUAGAACACAUCAUCAGAGAACUUGCUCAGCUUUACCAAAUUGAAGAAAGCAAAUACGAUUACGCAGGUGCUGCAGCAGACAUGUUGCUUUCAGGGCAACCUCUUGAGAUACUGUAUGGUGAUUCCUUUUAUAUUCCACUGGAGUGGUUUAAAGCUGUGUUUACUAAACUAGACGAAAAAACGAACAAAGCCAAAACGUUUGUGAUUUCAAUUAUGGGAAUUCAAAUCUCGGGAAAGUCAACACUUUUGAACAGGAUGUUCGGUCUUGAAUUUCCAGUCAGAGCAGUAAGGUGUAAGCGUGGAGCUUUUGCUAAUCUUCUUCCUGUCAGUGAUUCACUCAAGUCUGAUUCUGGAUUUGAUUAUGUUUUGAUCAUUAAUACGGAAGGUCUUGAAGGAUCCGCAGAUCCUGAGAUACGAAUACAUGACAACCAAAUGGCGACUUUCGCAAUUGGUGUUGCUGAUGUGACCAUUGUAAAUAUUAUGGGUGAAAGCUACCAUGAAAUAAAGGGAUUUUUAGAAAUAGCCGUCCAUGCGUUCUUGAAGAUGAAUCUCGUUGAAGAAAGAAAGAUGUCUUGCAAAAUUGUCCACCAAAAUGUUGCAGCCACUGACGCAAAAAACAUAUUGUCCAGCAGACGUUCUGAACUAAAGAACGAUCUCGACAAAAUGACAGAGCUUGCUGCAACGGAAGAAAAUUGUGGAGCAAAGUAUAAAAAAAUUGACGACAUAAUUUCAUUUGAUGAACAUGAAGACGUGUUUUAUAUACCAAGUCUUCUACAAAGAAGUCCACCAAUGGCUCCAGUGAACCCGGACUAUGGAAGAGCGGUUCAAAGAGUAAAAGAAACCAUCAUCAACUUGAUGUAUUCAGAAAAAUGUUUAAAAAUUUCUUUUUCCCAGUUUCAAGAUAGGGUCUGCAAGCUCUGGGAAUCCAUGUUAAGAGAAAAUUUUAUAUUUAGCUUCCGUAACGUGAUAGAGGUCAGGGCUUUUAGGUCACUGGACCGCAAAUAUUUCAAUGAAUCAGUGAAGUUGAUGGUGAUAAAAAUGGGCGAACUUCAAACGGAAAUUGAAGUGGCUUUAAAAAGAUGUUCAACACAAGAGGAGCUUGUCAAGGAAUGGGAAAGAAAGGAAAUAGAAAUUCUUCAAGAAGCGGAGAAAUUUGGAGAUAAGAUGAAGGAAGCGAUGAAUGAUUUUUUUCAAACCGACCAGGACAAGGCAAUUCUUGAACAAUGGAGGGAAAACAUUAUGAAUAGAAUAACAGAACAAAAAGAAAUUCAAGUGCGACAGGUUCGACGAAAUUGCGAAUCAACUUUCAACUUUUUGCAGAACUUACAAAAUGUAGAGGAAAGAAAACAAACUCAUAAAAAGGAGUUCCUAGAAAAAGCCAGGAGCUUCAUAACGUCAACUGCUGCUGUUAUUGACGAUGAGGAAAAAUUAAAAGCGAAAUUCGAACAAGAGUGGGAAGAAUGGAUUGUAGGCGUUCCCAAACAUAAAGAAAAGAAAAAUGACGUUAAUAAUGAAAUGGUGAAUGUUCUUUGCAACACAAAUCCCACCCUGAAUGCGAAAAUGAGAAAGAAAUUAGAAAAACAAAAUUACAACAUCGUAAUAAUUGAUGAUAGUGAUGCAUCAACGAGUAUUCUCGAAUCAGCGUGGGGUUACCUUCUAGGAAAGAAAAGAAAGCCAUGGCAUCCAGAAGACAGAAGAAUUAAAUAUAUUGCAAAAUCAAAGGCACUAAAAUUUGCGAAGAAAGCAUUGGGGUCAGGGGCAAGAUGCACACCCAAUAACCUGACACAAAUGUAUCACAUAGUGAUCACCACCAUUGACGAAGAAACAAACAAAUCUGGUUUUGAAUCCAGCAAACCACAAGAAUCAUUGAAAUGUGAUAUCUUGCUGCAUGUUUUUUCUGAGUCGUAUGAAAUUUUUGAUGAAAUGGAAGAACGCUUUAUUCAACAACAGGAUAUUAGAGCUGAGCUGGAAAAAAAUGUGCGACCAGAGUUUGAAAAAUAUUUUGAAAAUGCUUGCAAGGAGACGGAAAAAGAAAAAUUAGCUGCUGCAUCGUUCGUUAAAGCCCUUAAAACUCCAUUUAAAUCAGCGUUGAACAGCACCUUGGGUGGGGCAAUUGCAAGCAAAUUAAUGUCAGAUGAAAGCGCAUACAAACGCAAAGGUCAAUUUCAUGCAAAAGCUCUCAUUGAACUUGGAGAGGGAAAAAAAUUUGAAUCGUACAAACAUUAUCUUGCGGAUCCAGUUGACUUUCUAAGUAUGAGGCUGAAAGUUUUGGCUGAAAAAUUUUGUCUCAACGAUUCGAAAAAAAUGGAGGACAAUUCCAAGCCUGAAAAAAGAUCUGUUUUCAAAGGAAAAAUCAGGGAGAUAGAAAGCGAAGUUCUCCAAGCUAUUUCAACUGCCAACAAAGAAACAGAGAGUGAAAACAAGAAACUAACCUCUUGGAUUCAACGUUUUGUGGAACAGUGUAAAACACUCGUUAUAAAGAAUGAAACGUUUGCAUUAGUUGAAAUUAAUGAUCUGGAAGAUAUCGAAGUGUACAAGAAAGACGUUAUAAACAAGGUGAAUGAUUUGGCAAACACCCUGAUUAACGACGGGUUAAAUCGUGAAGAUAUUAAAUUAUUGAAUCCAUCGCCGAGUGAUAUCUUGAUAAACGAAACGAUUGGUUGUCAAUGUGUUUGUCCUUUUUGCGGAGUUUUGUGUGACAUAGAUCCUAAAAAUCAUGAAGGCAUGGAAGAAAACAACACACACGCUACGCGCGUUCAUCGUCCGGGGGGAAUACGUGGUUAUUUCUAUACUUCCUCACGUAAACUAGUCACCGAAAUCUGCACAACGGAUGUGGCAAGAAAAGCCAAGUUCAAAAACCGUGAUACAUCGGAAUUUAUUCCAUUCAAAGAUUAUCAGUCAGUGAAUGAUUAUUAUAAAUCCUGGGUAAUUGCUCCUGAUGAAUUACGUCAAUAUGAAGCAUUAAAGUAUUUUAAGUGGUUCAUGGUGUACUUCUCCAAAGAAUUAGCAGAAUACUACAAUGUCGAAGAACCAGACAUCCCUGAAGAUUGGAAGAGCGUUACUUUCGAAGACGCAAAAAAAGAACUUGAACAGAAAUAUGAGUUAUAUAAAGCGCCCAACACCAAUUAAUUUACUGACAUGGGUUGUCAAUCGAAAUAUCCAUGUUCUUGUAUUGCGAAAGGAAAUACUUAAAACUACAAUAAAUAUUUUAAAACAUUCGCUGAUAACAUAUAUAUCAUCAUUUCACUUAUAACUACAUAAAUAAAAAUUAGGAAUAAAAUACAACCGAUAUAAAUGCAUGCACAAAUGUUAUAUAACCAAAACCAUCAUAUAUAACUUUCAAAAUGUUGUUAAUUUUAACUAACAAUUCAUCAGAUAAGGUUUUAAAAGACGACGUUUAUCGCACUUCAGUCUGAACAUAAUAUUCUGUAAGCAUAAAAACACGGCUGCUCUAAAAACACUCACACGAACUUUCAUCAAUACAUGUACAUGUGCCCAGUCAGAACUUGCAAACCUGUCUCAUCUGCCUGAAGUUGGCUCCUGUACAAUCUACCAUCAUAUCAACUGUCAUUAUGGAAGGAAGCGAAGGAUAACAAGAGCAAAAAGAACUGCAUGGAUUCUUCUGAGAAGGAAUGCUAUGUGAAAGUAUAUUAUUCAGUGACAUUUGAAUUGCUGAGAUCACUUCAUGUACAUAUUUAGGCAUAUUCUUAAGAGAUUUAGAAUACUUCAUUAAUAUAAUAGACGAAUGAAACUAUAAUAAUGCUGCUCUAACAUUUACAUGCACUCUAGUCAAGUAUCAUACAGUAGAUAAGGUGUCUGGUACUGAUAUAUCAUCUCAUACAUCAUGGCAUGCGCAGUAUGUUGAAAGUCGACUGUUGAAAAAUUGCAAUUUUUUCAGUAAGUAUAAUCAACCAUUUGUAUGUACUUCAUUGAAUUUUCUCUCAAAGUCUCUAUGAAUGAAUCAUCAUUAUUUGGUACCUGUUUGAAAAUAUUAUGAAAUUUAGUGACAGUGUCGCGUUUUAAAUAUCACAACAUGGAACCUAAGAAUUAAAGUUCGUGUUAGAGAAUAUUCUGAAAAUGAUUUUCUAAACACAUUAUUAUCCGCGAAAUAGAACAUGUGGACUCAGUUUUUUAUAACUAUCUUUGUCAAGUGGUGGGCUAAUCUUCGAGAAAUCUUAAAGUAAAGAAAAAAUGCCAAGAACAAAUCUCAAUGCAACUAGAACUGUAUUCUCAAAAGGUUUAACAGGGAAUGAAAGGCGAUGAUCAUCAAGCAUUGAAGAACAUCUUGAACUAAAGUAAUUGUGGAUAGAAAUUAGAUCUUGCAAGGCGAUUUCAUAGACAUUGACAACGUGGCUGUGCCGUGAGAUUUGAGAUUCUAAAGGAUUACUACAAAAUACAUUAUGACGUUAGAAGAACGGCAAUUACCGGUUCUUCGAAGUCAAAUAACCUAAAUUACUGUCUGUUGGUAGCCAGGCAUAAAAUUAACUUGCAUUGCUGGACAGUGGACUUGAUGGAGUACAACAAACUACAACACUGAAAUGACAAUAAUGGGAAACGUUUUCUACGAAAAACGCGAAAUACGAGAAGUAUAUGAACAAUAAAAGCAAAAAAGGAUUAAAGUGAAGGAGCGUCAUCUUCAAUCUCUAAUAUGAUCACGGGGAUACAAGGAUUUUGCAAACUUAUAAAGAAUGCUCAUUUAACGCAUGUCCAAAAGCCUCAUCACUGGCAAAAAUAGGUGGCCACUUGGUCCAUAUUUGUUGAUCGUGUGAUUGGACGAAUGAUGUGGAAAGUGUAUCAUUUUCAGAAUAUCUUCUUUUCAAAGAGUUUUUCGAUUUUGUAGGUUUUUGCUGACA